UUUGCUCUCUCAGUACUCUCUCUGUACUAAAAAAAAAAUAUUUACAAAAGCAAAGAAAAGCAAAGCAAAGCAAAGAAAAGCAAAGCAAAGCAAAACUCUCUCUCUUUCUUUCUUUGUUAUUUGCAUGUAGAUGCUCUUUGAAACUCGUAACUCGGCGACGCGACUCACCACGACUAGGCCGAGUCCGACUCAGGCUGUUCCACCUCAUGGCUAAUAAUCCGUCGGAGGCCACUAACGACGAUUUCCUCGAGCAAAUUCUCGGCCUGCCCAGCUUCGCUUCAGCUGAGGCUGGCUUGACCGGCGCCGAUGGAGGCUUGGGCGGUUCGGGGACCGGUCCGCCUCCGAUGAUGCUUCAGCUAAGCUCCGGUGACCUUGGCGGUGGAGGUGGUGGCUCUGGUGGUUUUCAUGGACAGGUGUUUCCGUUAGGGCUGAGCUUGGAGCAAGGGAAAGGAGGGUUCCUGAAGCCCGAGGAGGCCUCCGGCAGCGGCAAACGCUUUCGAGACGACGUCGUUGAUGGUAGAGCUUCGUCUAUGAAAAAUGUUUUCCAUGGCCAACCAAUGACCAAUACUGUUGCUGCUGCACCACAUCCACCAGCAAUGCGCCCAAGGGUGCGGGCUAGACGAGGACAGGCCACAGAUCCACACAGCAUAGCUGAGCGGUUGCGGAGAGAAAGAAUAGCAGAAAGAAUCAGGGCAUUGCAGGAACUGGUUCCUAGCGUCAACAAGACAGAUAGAGCUGCCAUGCUUGAUGAAAUUGUGGAUUAUGUGAAGUUCCUAAGGCUUCAAGUAAAGGUUUUGAGCAUGAGUAGAUUGGGCGGAGCUGGUGCUGUGGCACCACUUGUAACAGACAUUCCACUAUCAUCAGUUGAGGAAGAAGGUAGUGAAGGUGGAAGAAACCAACCAGCAUGGGAGAAGUGGUCAAAUGAUGGGACCGAACGUCAGGUGGCUAAGCUUAUGGAAGAUAACGUUGGUGCCGCCAUGCAGUUCCUUCAAUCGAAGGCUCUUUGCAUCAUGCCUAUCUCAUUGGCAUCAGCCAUAUACCAGACACAGCCACCGGACACCUCUAGCAUUGUCAAGCCUGAAAACAAUCCACCUUCAUAGACCUUAGGAAAAAGGUUACAUUUUUCCACGGUCCCAUCGGAAACUCAUUAUAUGCUGCUUGACCCCACACCUUAUAUAUCCUUUUCAACCCCCACAAAUUUAGUUGUUCCCUCGGUUCAAAUUGCAAUCAAAGUCGGAUGCCAUAAUUCUUGCUUUUUCCCCUUUCUUUUAGCUUUUGUCAAAACAGGGAUUGAUGUCAAUGCCCUGAAAAAUGCAAGCAGGCCCUUCAUGUCUUGCCAAGUUCCAAGUAAAGGUGAAGAAUUGUCAAAACUCACUUGAUAUGCUCUUCUUUUUUGUAUCAAUGGUGGGGAUAGUGGAAAAUGAUGGAAGCACCUUCGUAGUGGGGCUCUCAUUUUUUUUUUUUUUUGGUAGUGGGUUGUGGGACCUUCUUAAAGGGAUAGGGUAUGUUUCAUUUGUAUAUCUGUAACUUAAUAUAAAGCGCGGAAUUGCGUUUAUAUUUUA